AUGAGAGACUGCGUAUGCAACACGUUGAUGAACCGGCGAUUCCGUAGUCUCCUGCGCCACUAUUUCGACUACGACGCCGAUGACAACGGACUCUCCCCUAGAGAGGUUCUCGCUAAGCUUGACAGCGUCUGCAAAGCCAUCCAGGGCUCCUUCAUCCUCCACAUUCUAGUUGCUAUCUUCGUCCCGGGGGGGCUUGCUAUGAUGUGGACUUUCUUUCCGAUGGAGCCCGGCGGUAGUGGUGGAGCCCGAUGGUGGUGGUGGAGCCCGGGUUGA